CAGCGAAGAAGAGAUGGCGUCACGACUCGCAAAUAAUUUGAGACAUGAAGAUUUUAUUCUUUCUUGUUGAAUAGAUUACUUUCCCCAGUGUCAGAAUGGAAAUCAUGGCUGUGAAUAUGCUGACUAGCUCGCCUGCUAUGGUCACGCUUCCCCCCUCGCCAUGUUCAGAGGACCCUGGCCCUCCAUUUCGAACGCUGGACAGUGAUGACUAUGUGUUCAUAGAACCUCGCCAUCCCAACAAAGUUCUGGAAGGCCUGAACAGUCUCCGUCUUAACAACGCCUUCUGUGAUGUGACCCUGUGCUGUGGGGGGCAGGAGUUCCCAUGUCACCGCAUCGUACUGGCCUCCUUCAGCUCUUACUUUCAGGCUAUGUUCUCUACCGACCUGAUGGAGUCGCGGCAGGAGCGGGUGGCCAUCAACGGGGUGGAGCCGCAGAUGAUCGGCAUGCUGGUGAGCUACGCCUACACGGCCGAGGUGGUGAUCUCCAAGGCCAACGUUCAGGCCCUGCUGGCUGCCGCCAACCUCCUGGACGUCAUGGCGGUGCGAGAGGCUUGCUGCCGCUUCAUGGAGCGCCAGAUGGACGAGGUGAACUGCGUGGGCAUCCACUGCUUCGCUGAGGCCCAUUCGUGCCGGGAGCUGGAGCGCCGCAGCAUGGACUACAUCCAGCAGCACUUCAGUGCCGUGUGCCAGCAGGAGGAAUUCCUUUCUCUAUGUGCUGAUAAACUUACUGAGAUAAUCUCCAGUGACCACCUCAAUGUACCAAGGGAGGAGACAGUGUUUGAGGCAGCAGUGCUCUGGCUUGAGAAGAGUGCCUCCCGCAGGCAAAGUUUUGAAAAGGUGCUUGAACACAUCCGACUACCCCUGAUCAGCCCCUACUACAUCCAUGACGUAGUCGAGUCUCUGGAUGUGGUGAGGGAGUCUCGGAAGUGCCAGAAACUGAUCUCAGAAGCCAAGGACUACCUACUGCUCCAGGACCGCAGAGGAGAGCUGUACAGUUCCCGAGCCAGGCCACGCAGAGCCAUGGGCGUGGUGGAUGUAAUAGUGACAGUUGGCGGGGAGGACGACAAGGUUGUGCUGCGGAGUGUGGAGAGCUUUGACCCCCUGACCAGUCAGUGGAAAAGUCUAGCUUGCCUUCCCUUCGCCGUGAGCAAACACGGCUUGGUGGUGUCUGGAUCCAUGCUGUACCUGGCCGGAGGGGAGUUCCCCGAUGGCUCAGCCAGCAGAGAGAUGUGGCGUUACGACCCCUGCUUCGACUCCUGGUUAGAGAUGGCCCCCAUGAACGUGGCUCGAUCAGAACUAGGCUUGGUGAUGCUGGAUGGAUACGUUUUUGCGGUUGGAGGCUGGGAGGGUUGCUCACGCCUGGACUCGGUGGAGUGCUACAGUCCACACACCAACACCUGGCAGUUUGUGGAGUCAGUCAAAAUGGCAGUCACCAGUCCAGCUGUGGUUGCACUGGAUGGAUUGCUUUACGUCACAGGUGGUGCGGUUCUUGAAGAUGGAGAUGGAACUGACCUUGCACAAGUCUACAACCCUAAAACACGUGUGUGGACAGAAGUGGCCCCUAUGCAAAUCGCCCGCUCGGGGUCUGCAGCCUGCACUCUGAAGGGCAAGAUCUAUGUCAUAGGCGGCUGGCAUGCCUCCACAGAAAACACGGAUAAAGUGGAAUGCUACGACCCAAAAAGCAACAAGUGGACCAUGUGCGCUCCAAUGAAAGAGCGGCGCUAUCGGCCUGGAGUGGCAGUUGUGGAUGGCAAGAUCUAUGUGCUCGGAGGAGAGGAAGGCUGGGACAGGUACCAUGAUACCAUCGAGCGAUACUGUGAUGAGACAGACAGCUGGGAGAUUGUGAGUGAGAUGCCCACCAGUCGAAGCUGGCUGAGCUGUGUCUCCCUGCAGUUGAGGAAAGACACUCACGUGGCCGGCCACCCUGGUGCUGGCUCUGAGACCGAGUUUCCAGUGGACUGAACACAUCAGGCAUUGUGUGUUCAUUAAACCUCACGCUCUGUGUACCUGCACCAUGCAGCAAACGUGGUCUAGGAGGGCCCAAGAAAAGGCCAAGGGCCACUGUUGCAGUGGUUGCUGAAUGUAGUUCUGUUUGCCACUUGGCUGUGAAAUAGGACAUACUGACCCACUGACAGGUCUUAAGAAACAAGUUGUGUGAUGAGCUGUCCUCUGGGUCCAUUCCACAACCAUAGAGGGAUGGAUAGAAGCAGUUAUUUGCCAGUCUGUAUGUGUAUCCUGCAGUUUUGUUUGUCAUCCCUGAAUCUGUGAACAUUAUACAGGGUUCAACGUGUUGUCGCUAGACACCGUGUAUUUCGUGAUUGGGAAAUAUGUGGUUUUGCUCCACACCUCAACAGUCACAAAUGUGAAGUGUUUUUGUACCAUGUUUUGAAUGGUAAUGUUUGUAUUUAUUAGGUUUUUGUGUUAGACAUUGUAUGGAAAUGGGUUAUUUGUACUUUAUGUAGUAACCACUCUCUGAUAAAAAUGAGAUUUUACAGCAUAAGGCAGAAUUAGAAUCUAUCGAUUUAUCUUAGUGUACAUACAGGAAUGUUUUGUUAUACAGGUAGAUUAGCUGUGUAAAAACCACUACAAAAUAGCACUUCUUGAAUUAAGUCUCCAAUCUGAUAAGUAGGACUCCAAAUUAGAUAAAUCAAGCUUAUAUUAGGUUUCAAGGUUAAUAUUAGUAGUACAAAAAAAAAAAAAAAUUGUGGCCUUAACAUUUAGAAAGGUCUUGUCUUCAAAAUUUGUCAAUGAUAUGUGGAUUGUUCUAAGUGCUAUUAAAAUGUAUUUGUAAUUUAUAAA